UUUUUCGGCAAAAGCGGUUGAACUUGCACAUUUCUCGCAGAUUUGCGCCCAAGGUGAUAACCAAAAGGAUCCUCGUGCACACAACCACCUACAGGCUACAGAUAGUAGUUAACUCUCUGGGGAGAAGGAGAGAUCAGACGUCAACGAUGGAAAUGCAAAUGGACUUCGAUCGCCUUCUCCUUUUCGAGCAUGCUCGCCGGAAUGCCGAAGCCACAUAUGCCCAAAAUCCUCUCGAUACUGAGAAUCUAACCAGAUGGGGAGGGGCUUUGCUUGAAUUGUCGGCAUUCCAGAGUGUAGAGGAGUCGAGGACUAUGAUUAAAGAUGCUAUAUCGAAACUCGAUGAAGCAUUGUCCAUCGACCCAAACAAACAUGACACAUUGUGGUGCAUGGGUAAUGCUCAAACUUCUUAUGCCUUUUUGACUCCUGACAAAGAUGCAGCCAAAAGUUAUUUUGAUUCGGCUUAUACUUACUUUCAGAAGGCAAUUGAUGAGGAUCCAGGAAACGAACUUUAUCAGAAAUCAUUUGAAGUGGCUGCAAAGGCACCACAAUUACACGAAGAGCUCCAUAAACAAAAUUUCAGUCAACAAAUCACGGCCUCAGGGCCAGGGGCUGGAGCAGGUUCAUCAACAUCUUCCAAUGCCAAUGCCAGGGGAUUGAAAUCACAGAAAAGCUGUGAUUUGAAGUAUGAUAUAUGUGGAUGGGUUAUUCUUGCUGUAUCCAUUGUGGUGUGGAUAGGAUUUGCAAAAGCUAAUGUACCUCCACCUGAGGCUCAUUGAUAUAAAAUAAAUUUUAGACCAUGUCUGGUGGUUUUAACUUAUAAGCAGAUAUGGGAUUUGAUUUUGGUUAGGAUAUGGUUCUGAUUAAACAUUCAAUCAACAAAUUAAUUUGGCAUAAUUUAUUGGUAUUUCUAGUAUGUUUUAUGGACUCUAGUCUCUAGAUGAUGGUCAUAUCUUGUAAGGCAUUGCUUUGUGAGAUGUGAACAUGUGGUGUUUGGUUAUUAUUUGGUGUGGACUUGUUUAAGAAAUAAAAAAUAAUUAAAAGAA